CUAAGUAAUAAUAUUUUUUAGUUUUUUAAUUAAUAAUUAAAUUGAUAAAAAUAAAUAAAAAGGGAAAUAUUUUCUAAGUGAUGUUCUGAGAUCCAGAAAAUAGGGUUUUACAAUGGUUUAAUAACCUUGUUUUGAGAAGAGGGUGUUCUCCUCCUUUUAUCAUUUUCUUUUGUUUGUUAGUGGCGUCUAAGGGUCUCGCCAUUAUUGGGUCAUCUGUCUCUGUCAUACGGAUACGUACAUACUAAAAUGUCAGACGUCUGUUCCAUAUUGAACGACUAUUUAAUUCCCUCCUUGCGCGCUUGUGGACAGACCUGCUAGGCGAAUGGGCUGAUUAUUCUUCCUCCUCAUGACCAGGCUGGAGUUGAAGAGACUGAGGCUCAGGGGAGGUCCGGUCUUAAGAUCGAAUGAUCUGGGCCGGCCCAUUUAAGAGGUUGAACGACCCUCGGAUUAGUGCUGUCAUCAUGGGCCCGGCCUCGUAACGGGGUGGUGAAACCCAGCGGUCAUCAAUUGCCCCUUUACCUUCUCAUCAGUUAUUACAUGAAUGAUGAGGGGGUAAAUAUUGAGAACUCAUUAUGACUGCGCGCCCCAAGGACAGUUUCUCUUAAAACGUCACUUCUCCACUUUACUAUUUCAAAAUUUGAAUUUUCUCGGUCUCUCCAAAACUCUUGUUCUUCCCUGCUCUCUGCGUGUAUCGCUAGCUCUAUUUCUUAGCUUCCGCCGUUUUUAAGGUACGCUCUUCAUUCCUCCAUGGAUAGCCCUAAACUCCCUGAUGUCAUUAAUCUAGAGUCUAGUAUUACCCCAUCCACCUUGAAAAACUUCUUUUCUUGGGAGCAUCUGGAUACCCCUCUCUUCCAUAUCCGGGCUCCCUAUCGGAAUGAGAGGAUUGUCCUUCCAGAUCCUCCCCCUUCCGGUUUGGUUGACCCCCAGAAGGACCGCAGUCUGGUCUUUUUUGUCAAACAGAGGGAGUAUGGCCUAACCUUUCCCUUUUCUCCCUUUUUCAUUGAGGUCUUCCGGUAUUUUGGGAUAACCCCUAGGAUGUUGGCUCCCAAUUUCAUUCUGUUCAUGUGUUCAUUUGAGUCUGUUUGCCUGAGCUGGGGGUUUACACCCACAGCGCGUUUGUUUGUCGCCUUCUUUCGGCUGGUUAGGGCGAGCCAAAGUUUUUACUAUUUUGCCCCUCAAGGAGGGCUGUCCAUCUUUUCGGGUCACAAGGACUAGAUAAAAGGCUGGGUAAAGGGGGUUCACAGUGGUAGAGCUGAAGAAGGACUCCGGGUUGUCUUGGGAGGUGGAGCUCUCCUAGGAGGAUGUCCCUCUAGGCUGCAACGACCUACUCCAGCUAAGUCUUUCUGAGCAGGUCGGGUACCUUCGACUGACUUCUGUUGAGAAGAAGUAUGAUGUCGAAAAAUGCAUGUUCGUGUCCAGUCUCCAGGACUGCAAGGACGCGGGUAUUAUACUUUGUUUAAUUGCCUUGUUUCUCCUCUCUUAAUUUUUCUUGAAGGAUUUUUAACUUGUGUUGAUUUUGGGUUUUUGCAGCUUCUCAAGUGGAGAUGGAUAAAAUUAAGGCUCCCAAGAACUUUACUCUGUCCCGGGAAAGUAUGAAGGCCGCCCUGGACGCCUUCUGAGCUGGGCGGUCCAUGUCUGAAGCUACCCAGGACGUGGCCCAGGUCAUUUCGUCCAGGUCGGCGGGCCGAUCUGUUCCCCUAGCUCCAACCUCUUCUCGAGCUUCUAAGCCGAGCUCCCAGGGCGUUAGGACCUCCAAGCCUUCCAGUCGCGGCAGGUCUAGCUCGCUUCCUCGGUCUUCUCAGGUCGGCGGGUCCCAACGAGUCACUAUCACGAGGAUGGAAGUGGCACCGGAGGUUACUGUCAGGCCAGUUGAGGACCUCGGGCUCUUGAGGGCGGAUGUUGCUUCUUCUUUUGGGGAUGCCCUUGAAGAGAGGUCGGAGGUCUCUCCAGUUGAUGGAAGGACUCUCGAGGGUGAGAAAGUGGUCAUCCCCAUAGGUGAAGGUGCUUAGAUAGCUGCCAUAGAGGUCGCCCCUGCUGUUAAGGGCAUUCCUACAGGGGAGGCUCAGUCCGGGUCAGUUGGUGACGUUCCCCCCCAAAGGGAGUCCUUUGCCGUCCCCGAGGGCGUUGCUAAGGAGGUCACUGGCAAGCGAGCUCCCCCUUCUGCUGCUCCUGCCCCGGUUCCUGCCUCCAAGAGGUCUCGAGCUUCUAGGCAGCCUGCCCCAGCUCUGUCUCCUCUCGAGAAGGAGAAGACCUCAGUGGUGCCCCUGCUCUCUGCCCCAGACAACGAGAUUUUGAACGCAGAAGACAUUAUUCAUCAAUCCCCAGCAAGCAUUGUCGCAGAGAUACUAAGGGAGCAUAUGUUUGGCGGGGCCACUGAGGCUUCAGACCCUCGUUUGCUUGCUCUCACUGGUCUUUUGGCCAGUUCUACUAGAGAGCAAGUAGCGUUUCGAUCUCGGACUCGAGGGGAGCUCGGAGAUAUAAUCAGGGAGAUGCUUCUUAUGGUGACGGGUCUCUUCAUGGAGGUGGACGCCCAUGACCAGUCUCUCCAGGACUCUGUGGAUCGUCGGAUUGAGGAGGCGCGCCUUGAAGAGAAUCUGGCUGCCACCAGUGAUGCCCGGGGUAAUCUUGCGGUGUCCCGGGAGCAUUUGAAGUCCCUACAGGCGGAACUGUCCUACACCCAAGGAGCCCUCAAAAGGGCUGAUGAGAGGGCAGCUGCGGCGGAGAUUCGUCGCGAUGAGGUUUUAAAGCAGCUGUCCUCCUUGGAGGAAAUCUGGCAGGAAAGAGACGAGGCUGUGAGCCAGAGGGAUGAGGUCUAGCAUCAGCAUGAAUCGUUGAAGGCAAAUUAUGAGGGGGUUAAGGCCCGCUACGACACCGUUAUGGCUCAAAGAGAUGAGGCCUUAGCUCGGAUGGUUGUGCUCGAGCAGGAGCUGGGCAAGCAUGCCGACAAUGUUAAAGACCUGACUCUGGCAGUAGAGGCAUCCAAACUUCAAAAUCAGUAUCUCUGCCAGGAAGUCGAGGCUCUAAAAAAGAGGUGUUCAGCCCUGCUCGAGGAUGCCAAGCAUGCUGAAGACAGAGUCCAGUUGGCAUGUGAGGAGCGCCUGCAGGAAUAUAGGGGGUCUGCUGAACUGAGGGCAGAGGUUGAUCAGGCCUGCCAAAGGCGCCUAUUAGAGUAUAAAGGCUCCUCGGAGCUGAAAGCGGAAAUAGAGCAGGCCUGUGAAGAUCGUCUUCGGCUUUAUCAAGAUUCCCCUGAGUUGAAGGCAAAGAUAGAAGAGGCCUGUGAGGCGCGACUUGCGGAGUUCAAAGCUUCUGAUGAGCUGAAAAAUGAGAUAUGGCACAGAGGAUUCCGCAUGUUUGCCUCUGGGUUCAAUAGGGGCUUGAAGGAAGCCAGGGAUGACCCCUCCACCCCACUAGCACUACUCCGGGCCCUUGAAGUGGACUCUGAUGGGGAGGAGGUGUGUUAUGGGGAGGAUGAUAACCCUCUGCCCAAAGGAGCUUCUCACACUACCACUGGGCCCCUUGAAGAGGAUGUCGAGCUUGAGGAGGGAGAUGAGCAGGAAAACGCUGAGCCUGAAGAGAGUGAUGCCAGGCCUCAAGGAGAAGAUGCCAAGUCCCCUGUGGAAGAUGCUGGAUCCAUAGUGCCUUUUGUAGGCGAUGGGGGUCAGAACGGGAAAAUACCGGGCCCCCAAGGAUAGUAGUGUAGAUAAUGUAAAUGACGAUGUAAUCAAUAAUGUAAGUCCUCUACGGAUAAUUUUUCCUCCUAUA